GUUCAAGGAACUUCCUCCGAGCUCCAGUAUGAAGAUCCCAUGGAUAAUAAAAGGUCAACCCCAGAUCUUGGAACUUCUAAAUAUAAAGAAACUGUCAUCCAACAUUCUUCUUCUGAUCUACAAGAUGAGGUUGACAUGCUUCAAGAGGAAAAUGAAAGUUUGCUUGAAAAGAUUCGACUUGCAGAGGAACGUUCUGAGGAAGCAGAAGCUCGGGCUAGGCUGCUUGAGAAGCAGAUUGCAAAUCUGGGGGAAGGUGUAUCACUGGAAGCUCGUCUUUUAGCCAGGAAAGAAGCCGCUCUGCAACAGAGGGAGGCUGCAUUAAAAGUUGCAUCACAAAAUCAUGGUGAAAAAGGUGUCGAGUCUGCAGCUCUUCGGGCAGAUGCUGAGAUUGCAAGAGAUGAAGCAAAUUCUGCUACGGAGCAGCUUCAUGAGUUUGAAUGUGAGGUUAAGUCACUUCGUACAAUGUCCCACUCCCAUAGAAUGAUACUCUCACAGGAGGAGAUGGAAGAAGUUAUUCUUAAGAGAUGCUGGCUUGCUCGAUACUGGGGCUUGUGCGUUCAUCAUGGUAUUCAUGCUGAUAUUGCUGAAUCAAAGCAUGAAUACUGGUCCUCAUUUGCCCAUUUACCGAAUGAAGUUGUGUUAGAAGCAGGACAGAGGGCAAAGACUGAAAACUCAUUAGUUUACAGUGAUAUGGAGGAAGGGGAAGAAGUUCAAAGAGGUGUUGAAAUUUUAUCAGAUGGAAAUGUUGAGAGCAUGAUAUUAGUAGAAAAAGGCCUGCUAGAACAGACGUCUCUUAAGGUGGCAGAAGCAAUAGCUCUUGCUAUGGCCCAACAACGGCGAUCAGGUGGCCCAAGAUCUAGUGCAACAGAUGAUUUAAAGGUUCCAAUUGAAGGCCAGAAUUUUGCAGAUGCAUUUGAAUUGAGUCAAGAAGAGGCUGAAGAUGUACGUUUUAAGCAGGCAUGGCUAAUAUACUUUUGGAGAAGAGCAAAGAAUCACGGGUUGGAACCAGAUAUUGCAGACGAGCGGCUGGAGUUCUGGAUCAACAUUGGCACCACUCAUCCUAUCAACUCUCACGACGCAGUUAAUGUUGAGCGUGGACUAAUGGAGCUCAAAAAGCUGGGGAUAGAAGCUCAAUUAUUUGAAGCCACUCGCACUUGUAGAUCAAGAAAUCACCCACAGCCUGCAGCUUAAUAAAUACUCCCUCCGUCCGGGAAUGUUCUUCCCGUGUUGACUUGACACGCUUAUUAAGAAAUAGUAAAAAAAGUGCCAAAUUUCCAAAAAGCACGUACUAUAAACUUUUAAUCUCCUUUUCUUAUUAAAAAACAAUAAAAAGAUAGAUUAGUG